CCGGAGGAAAAGGAAAAUCUAGCAGUGACAAAUCCAAGAUGGUUUCUGGCGGUGCCAAAUCCCGCUCUCAGCGAGCAGGUCUCCAGUUUCCUGUAGGUCGUGUUCACCGUCUUCUUCGCAAAGGAAACUAUGCUCAACGUGUUGGUGCUGGUGCUCCCGUCUACCUUGCAGCAGUUCUUGAAUACCUUGCAGCUGAAAUUCUCGAGUUGGCUGGCAAUGCUGCCCGUGAUAACAAAAAGACUCGUAUUAUCCCCCGUCACUUGCAACUGGCCAUCCGUAACGAUGAGGAACUCAACAAACUUCUCGGUGCUGUUACCAUUGCACAAGGAGGUGUCUUGCCCAACAUCCACAACGUUCUACUUCCCAAGAAAACCAAGGGUGGAAAGCCUGGAGAAGAGCUCAUGUAGAUGAUUUCCUAAUGAAUUAUUCGACCUAUUUCCCACCUGGCAAUCUCUUCAUCUGUACACAAUAAACCAACCAGUAAAUCUUUUC